AUGGUGGUGUACGCCGACUCGGAGUGCGUACUCGAGAAACAAGACAAAGAGGAGAACGCAUCGAGCGCGCACAAAUACCAAAGACACAGCGUGUUCAGCAUCGGUUAUUACGCGAGCUGCGAGCACAUUAACAUCGGAUACAGAUCUCACAGAGGCGAGAACUGUGUGCAGUGGUUCGUAAACAAACUGCACGAGCUCGCGAAACGUGCGAAGAUCUUGUUCGCAACAACUGUACCCAUGGCGAAUCUCACACCGGUGGAGUUCGAGCGGUUUACGAACGCCGAGUGUUGCCACGUUUGCGAACGACCGUUUGAGCGAGACGACAUNAGAGUGCGCGAUCACUGUCAUCUGACGGGACGUUUCAGAGGACCCGUGCACUCCGCGUGCAAUCUGAAUUACAAACAAGUCUACGUUGUUCCUGUUGUGUUCCACAACUUGUCGGGAUACGACGCGCAUUUUAUUAUCAAGGAUGUGGCCACCGCUUUCGAGGGUGAGAUCAACGUGCUGCCCGUGACAAAAGAGACCUACAUAUCGUUCACGAAACAUGUGAGCAGUACUCGAGAUGAAGACAAUCAGAAGUGCGUGCAACUGCGNUUCAUCGAUUCGUACAAAUUUCUGAGCACAAGCUUAGAAAAGCUCGCGUCCUAUCUCAACAAGAGCGAACUGCGAGUGACUCGAACGGAAUUCAGCAAUCUCUCCACCGAGGACUUCNAACUGCUCACGCGAAAAGGUGUGUUUCUAUAUGAAUAUGUGGACAGCGUCGACAAAUUGUUGGAAACAAGUUUGCCACCGCGCGAGGCGUUUUACAGUUCGCUGACUAAUGAGACUGUGACGGAGAGCAACGACCUGUAUCUGAAGACAGACGUACUAUUGCUGGCCGAUGUAUUCGAAAACUUUCGUCGCGAGUGCCUCGCGAGUUACGGACUGGAUCCCGCGCACUACUACACGCUGCCGGGAUAUACAUGGGACGCCAUGUUGAAGUACACUCGUGUAACGUUCGAGCUGUUAACUGACAUUGACAUGGUGAUGUUCGUGGAACGCGGCAUACGCGGUGGUUUAAGUCAAUGUUCAAACAGAUACGCCCGCGCCAACAGUUACGCGCAAUCGUACGAUCCAUCCGAACCGUCGUCGUAUCUGAUGUACUACGACGUUAACAAUCUCUACGGAUGGGCGAUGUGUCAACCGCUUCCAUAUGGUAACUUUGCGUGGGUGGAGAACGCAGACGAGUUCAAUGUGACAACGGUCGCCGCGGACAGCGACGUUGGCUACAUACUCGAGGUCAAUCUGACGUAUCCGAAAGAACUGCACGACGCGCACAGAGAUCUACCCUUUUGUCCAACGCGUGAGGAGCCGCCUGGUAAACAUAGAAAGAAUUACGUCAAACUGCUCGCCACAGUGUUCAACAAGAAGCGAUACGUAAUUCACUACCUGAACCUGCAGCAGUGUCUGCGAUACGGGCUUCGCCUGACGCGAAUACAUCGAGUACUGCGGUUCUCGCAAUUGCCUUGGCUGCGCGGAUACAUCAAACUGAAUACCCGAUUCCGCGCGAACGCCACCAACGAAUUUGCAAAAAAUCUUUAUAAACUUAUUAACAACGCGGUGUUCGGCAAGACAAUGGAGAACGUGCGCAAGUACACCGACGUACGACUCGUUACAAAAUGGGAAGGACGAUGCGGUGCGGAGGCGCUAAUUGCAAAACCAAACUUUCACAGCCGCAGUGUGUUCGCUGAAGAUCUAGUGGCGAUAGAACUGCGUCGUCUGGAAGUUUUAUUCAACAAACCGUUGUAUGUUAGUAUGUGCAUACUCGACAUAUCGAAGACCUGUCUAUCCGAAUUCCAUUACGGCUACAUGGCGCCGUUGUACGGUUACGAUUGCAAGAUCCUUUACACCGAAACCGAUAGUUUGAUAUACAACAUAAAGUGCGAGAACGUGUACGAGGAUNUGAAGCGCGAUAUCGCUCGCUUUGAUACGAGCGAUUAUCCAGCGUACAAUCCAUACAACAUGCCUCGCGCAAACAAGAAGGUACCGGGACUUAUGAAGGAUGAGAACAACGGUGCUGUUAUGACGGAGUUUGUGGGUUUGCGCGCGAAGAUGUACGCAACUCGAGUGGGCGACAGCAAGUGCACAAAGAAGGUGAAAGGUGUAAAGAGAAGCGUCGUCGCAAGAACGAUCAUCUUCGACGACUACGUGCAAUGUCUGCGGAACGCAACCGAACUGACGCGACAACAGUCGUGCAUACGAUCUCAGUUGCACGAGGUGUUCACCAUGUCGGAACGGAAGCUCGCUCUGAGCCCGCACGACGACAAGUGGUAUAUCAUCCAUGGAUCGACCGACACCAUACCGUGGGGCCACUACAAGAUCCCUAACUUAGACUAG